AUGGCUAAAAAUAUUUAUGCUCUCUAACACUAUUUUCCAGUUGCUACCAAAAUUUAUAAUACAGGUAUUGAGUAUAUAUUUAUAUUUUAGUUUAUUAAAAAUAAUUGACUAAAGGAAAGGAUUUUCUUAAUUAAAUGCAAUCUAUAUAUAUAGCUUCAGGAAUGUAUUCACUUCCAUUUGAUUAAUUAUAUACUAUAAAUAAGUUAGAAGAUGAAGUAAUAAAAGUGAAAAAUAAAGAAAUUAAGUUCAAAUAUGCUUAUGGUAAAUUUUCAUAGAAGAGUUGA